GCUGCAUUUCUCUCUCUCCACUCUCCCUGUCUCAGACUUAUAAUUCCCCUCUCCGGCGAAGACCAAACCUGAAUCUUCCUCUUCACAGUCAGCCUUCUCGCUCCGAAUUCUUAUCCAUCGAUGAAACCCUAGCUCGAUUGCAGAUUGCAAUCCUGUCGAGUCGGAAAUGGCUGGAAGUGGACGGACAAGCGCUCGGACCAGAAUCCGGUCCUCCACUGAUGGCGGUGAAGAUAGCUCCCGCCGUGGCGGUAUACCUCAUCCCAGGCCGCACCGGGACAGAAGCAGAGGCGACGGCGCGAUUCGGAUGCUUAACGUCGAUGUCAAGGUCCUGCUAGCCAUCAGCUUCGUCGCCUUCUUCGUUAUACUCUUCGUGAUCAGUAACUUGGUCAAACCAGCUGAAGAAGCCAAGCGGCCAAGGGUCAUUACACCAUUCCCUGCCCCUAAGCUCACGGACCUUCCUCAGUUUCAAGGUGAGCACAAGGAGAGCUUGUACUGGGGAACUUACAGGCCACAUCUCUACCUUGGAAUUCGAGCCAGGACUCCCCGUUCCUUGCUUGGUGGCUUAAUGUGGAUUGGCAUAAAGGAUGGAAGAUACUCCAUUCGCCACGUUUGCCAAGACGAUGAUGGCCUAAGUAGUUAUGGAUGGACAAGCCACAACGGACGUGAUUUUGGGCACCAGAUGGUGGUCGACCAAGGUAUCAUCUUGGCAACAAGUUUUUUGAAAUCCAAGGAUCUUGGAAGUGGCUAUGGAGGAGACUGGGCAGUGCAAAUUGAUGUGCAAAGCCCAAAAACUAUGCCAAUUGAAGAUAUGAAAAAUGCACACCUUUUCUUCUACUUGGCUGAUGAAGAAGGGAAUGCUUUGGAGUUGAGCAGGGAUUCCUAUGACAUUCAUGAUAACUCUCUUCUAGCAUCAGGUUCAAGGAUGGACAUUGGCAGUUGGCAGUUGCAUAUGAAAUCAAUGGAUGACUUGGAAGUCCACUUUUCUGGUUUCAGGACACCUCACAUGCACAAUCUAUCUGAUCUUGUACUGGAAAAUCUUGCAGAGCAAGCACGGAAGUAUGGUCGCAUUCAAUUAUCUGACACCACUGCUAAUUCUCCAAAUGUCUUAGUUUUUCAGAUUUCCGCCAGGAUUCCUUUCAAGACGGAUAUUGCUUUUGUAUCUGGAGCUAGCUUUAAAGGUUCAAGGACAAAAGAGCGGGUCAGCAACCUCACAGGUAGCUCGUUGACCAGCCGCUUGGAACAUAAGCAAAGAGAAUUUGAUGAGAAAUUUGAAAGUUACUUCAGUUUGGCUGACAAGCUUGAUGCCGAAUCAGAGAUAGUCGGGAAGACUGCCAUUAGCAACUUGCUGGGAGGCAUUGGCUAUUUCUAUGGUCAGUCAAAAAUAUCAAUCCCCAGAACUUCUGGUCUCCAAAGCCAUGAUAAAUUUAUUUCGUACUGGCCAGCUGAGCUUUAUACAGCUGUCCCAAGCCGAUCCUUUUUUCCUAGGGGAUUUUUGUGGGAUGAAGGGUUUCAUCAGUUGCUGGUUUGGCGUUGGGAUAUUCGAAUUUGCUUGGAUAUUCUUAGCCAUUGGUUAGAUCUGAUGAACAUCGACGGGUGGAUUCCGCGUGAACAAAUUUUGGGUGCUGAAGCCUUGAGUAAAGUCCCUGAAGAGUUUGUUCCACAACAUCCAAGUAAUGGAAAUCCACCGACCUUGUUCUUGGUUUUGAAUGAUCUAGUUCAAGGCAUAAAGAGGAGCCAGUUUACUGCUGGUGAGACCGAUGAGAUCCACUCUUUCCUUGAACAUGCAUUUGUUCGUCUUGAGGCAUGGCUUCAGUGGUUCAAUACUACUCAAUCAGGGAAGGAGAUGGGCAGCUAUUUUUGGCAUGGAAGGGAUAACACAACUGUCCGUGAGCUAAACCCGAAGACACUAUCCUCUGGUUUAGAUGACUAUCCACGAGCUUCACACCCUAAUGGAGAAGAACGCCAUGUGGAUCUUAGAUGCUGGAUGCUUCUUGCAGCAGACUGCUUGCAUUCCAUUGCCAAGCUGUUUAGGAAGGAUGGUGAAUCUGGAAAGGCAUAUGGUGCAACAGCUGAGCUUCUUUCGGAUUUUGAGAUUCUUAAUCAGAUGCACUUUGAUUCUACAUAUGGAGCUUAUUUUGAUUUUGGAAAUCACACCCAAAAGGUGCGCUUAAGCUGGAAAGAAGUUACCAGCGGAAACAAUCAUGUGACUCGAGAGCUCGUCCGGGAAGUUUUACAGAUGCCCGAAUUGAGACUAGUGCCUCAUAUUGGUUAUGUGAGCCUCUUCCCAUUCAUGGGGAAGAUUAUUCCUGCUGAUUCGUGGAUUCUGGAAAAGCAGCUUGACCUCAUUUCAAACAAGAGCAUUUUAUGGACCGACUUUGGACUCCGCUCUCUCGCCAAAACAAGUACCUUGUACAUGAAACGUAACACGGAACAUGACCCACCUUACUGGAGAGGUCCGAUUUGGUUGAACAUGAAUUACCUGAUUCUUUCAGCGCUCCACCACUACUCUAGAGAGGAUGGACCGUAUAGAGAUAGAGCUAAAGCCAUCUAUGAUGACCUGCGUGGAAACUUGAUUAGGAAUAUUGUCCGCAACUACCGUGAGACUGGAUUUCUGUGGGAGCAAUAUGAUCAGAAGCAGGGAAAGGGAAAGGGCUGCCGACCGUUUACGGGUUGGACUUCACUUAUUCUGCUGAUCAUGUCCGAAACUUAUAGUGCAAGUUGAGUUGCACUAUUUCUUCGCCGUGCAUUUUCAUAGACAAAGGGAGACAAUCUGAAGGUUAGUUAUGAAGAUCUGCAGGAUAGUCGCUGAAGCCUUGGUACUGCAAUCCAGUGACAAAUUAGAGGAAGUGCAGAGAUCAAAUAGAGGCCCAUAGUUGAAAGCCUAUUAACAAAUCUACAAGGUUGAUCGUUGUAUUUGCGAGUAUCUAGUUGAUACGCCAAUUUUGAACGCUGUCCAUUUAGAUCAUGUAGUAGGCCCUGCAGUCCUUGAGAUAAGCCAAGAGAUGCAAAAGAUAGGUUGGCUGACCUGUUGGCUGACCUUUCGAUGAUUCUGCUAGCAUUUUUUGUUUACUGUGCGCAGUGGAGUUAAUUUAUUCAUGAUGAAAAAUUGAAAUCUC